UGUUUAAACUUUAAGAAGCAUCUUUGGAAGCAAACUGCAGCAAAUGAUUUAGGAAAUGUAUUUACCAGACAAACUUGUUAAACCUCUCUCAUCAAAAAUCGACUGGUGCGAACCAAACUAUGUCGUUUCUACUAAUAUCGCCGAGUUUUGGAACACGUUGAGCAAUAUUCCCAUGCUUGUGAUUCCUCUUAUUCUCAUCUACCUCUACAAAGAUUAUUCCUUGAAAGUUCUUCAUUGUCGAUUUGUGAACAUUGUGUGGGCUCUACUUGUCCUAACAGCAAUUGGUUCAACAUACUUCCAUGCUACAUUGAGUUUACUUGGAUUGUUUGUUGAUGAAAUUGGCAUUCUAUGGAUGGGGUUUGCAAUGCUUGGGAUGUGGUUGCCAGGAGUUUAUCUGCCAGAGUAUUUCAAUAAAAACAGAUACCAUUACCAUGUCCUCAUGAUAGCUGGUGCAAUAACUUCAACAAUCCUCGGUUUAAUUAAACCACAGAUUAACCACAUCUUUCUCUUUUUCUUUCUUAUCCCAACUUUAAAGGUGGCAAAAGGACAACUCAGUAGGCACACGAGUCCAGAGUUUCAGCGUUUAUGCAAAAGAGGUUUAGUUACCCUCGCAUUUGCUCUUGUGAGUUGGGUAUGUGAUCGAUUCAUUUGUUCAUUUUGGCUUCAAAUUCAUUUCCCCUAUUUGCAUGCAAUUUGGCAUGUACUGAUUGCAAUUGCAACCUACCAGCUUGGUGUAUGUUGUUCAUAUAGUUAUGCACUGCACAGCUCACCAAAAACCAACCCAACUUUGCAAUUUUGGAAGCUGGCGGGAAGUCGUUUUAUCGGAUUAUGUUUACAGGGUUGGAAAUCUCAGCCAAUCUUGUUUUCAUUCAAUCAAAUAUACACAUACUUCUUUAUUUAAGCAUAUAUAUGUACUCUAUUUUUUGUGAAAGUUUUUUAUUUUAUUUACCACCCACUUUAUCCUGUACUAUAAAAUAUUAUACCAAGUACCAGAUACAUUUAGCUUACUCAGUUUUACUUUAUGACAAUUUGGCCUAAAAAUUAAAGUAUAUUUUAAAGUGCUUCACAAUCCUGACUUUUUUAUGUGUGAUUUUUUUCAAACUUUAUUGCUAACAAAAAUGUAUACAACAAGAGUCCUGUUUUAUUUUUUAUCAAUAGUUUUUUUUCUCAUUUUUGUACUUAUGCACAAACUUUGUAUAACCAAAUAUUCUGUUUUUAUCACAUCAAUGUUGUAAAGGUUCCAUCCGAUAUCCCAAGUUUUAUUCUUUAUCUGUUUUUCACUGUUCCGAAAUUGUGAAGUAGCUUGUAUUGUGUCUUACUGCACUGACAAAUGCAAAUUUGGCGACACCAUUUUAUUUGAGUUGCACUAGUACAUUUUAUCUAAUCUUGCACUAUGUACUCAACAAUUUAAAACUUACUUUAAUAUACA